AUGACUUCUCGAGGUGAUGAUGUGCUCACGAGAGUCUCGACAGAAGCUGCGACCGAAUUUGUGCAGUCCUUCUACCCCGCGCUCGAGUCCAAUCGUGCAGCCAUCGCAUCAUUCUAUAGCCAACCUACCUCUACGAUUCUGUUCAAUGGCAACGUUGUCGCCGAUGGCAACGCUGUUCAAGAGAUCUUUGUUAACCAGAUGCCCCCUGCGCAUUUCGAAGUCCAGUCGUUCGACUGCCAGAUUAUCAACCCGGCAUAUCCCACUCCUACGACAACUGGCGUGAAGCUCCCCAAUCAGACAACUGUUAAGGACAUGUCGAUCCUGGUGGUAGUAAGUGGCUACGUACGGUUCGGGGAAUCCAGAGACCUCCCGCAGCGUGGCUUCAGCGAAACGUUUGUUUUGGUACCAAACGCUACAGCGGAUGCUCCUAAGGGCAAGCGCCGGAGAGAGUGGCUCAUUCAGACUCAAAACUUUCGACUUGUCGUUUAA